CGACUUCUUUCUUUUCCAGAAAUCUCUAUUGAAGCAACAUAGAUAACCACAGUUGAAACCGACCUCAUGUUUUUCUGGAAGUCUCUAUCAAAAUCCAGUCUUAUAACCAACCGACCUCAGAGAUAAAAAUCAAAAACAGUGGUGCAAGAUAUUUUCUUUGCAAUUUUCGAUUUAUAAUUCCUUCUGCUAUAUAUAAAGAAGGAAAGUGAUCCAUCCUUCUCAGGAAGCCUCUAUCGAAAUCGAGCUCCAUAAUCAACCGACCUCGGCGAGGGAAUCGAAAUCUAGAACAGUAAGAAUUGGGUAAACCUCUAUGAGUAUUUAUAUUAAACUAUUAAUCAUACACUGAAAUUGAUCUGUUUGUAUUUGCAGUCUCUAUCAAAGUUGAGCCAAAGAAGAAUAUAAAAGAAGACACGCCUCUUUGAAUCUAAAAAGGUACAGAGUAGAUGUAUGUAUAACUAGCUGGAUCUGUUAAUUAAGUGUUAAUAGUUGUUUCUUCCACAUUUUAAUUGGAUUAUAUGUGUAAAUACAGAGAUGGCAGCUAAGAAUGCCAAGAGAGGGAUAAAGAGGUUCUUAGAACAAUCUACAGGUGAUCGAGUUGAUCAAGGAAAAUCUGAAUGUAGUCAUGUCAGAUCAAAGAGAUUGAAAGCAAUGCUUGAUCCAGACAAUGCUGGAGGAUCUAAUGAAUGUCAGAAUGAGAUGCAAUUGAGAGAUAAUGAUGAAAAUGCUGCUCAAGGAGAGUCGGAGCAUUUCAAGGAAACCAAUUCAUGUAAAUUUGUACAAACUGAUACAGUCGAUGCUCACAUGCAUAUGGUCAGGCAUCAUAUCAAAAGAAUAGAGAAGGAUUGAUUGUCCAGUAUGAAGAUUCAGGCGAUAAUAUUCAUGCAUGUAAUCAUUGCAAUGCAUGUUUUUGG